AUGGUGCGGGAUUACCCAAAGGUGACUGAAGGCCAAAUGGACGUGGGAACACAGACAGAACCUGUAGUGGUUCUCUCUCUUGCUCAGGCAGCUGUUCUCGGACUCAUCUCCCAAAAUGAAAUCUUUGGUGCCACAAUAGCUCCAAAUGGUUUUUACACAGGCGAGUCCAAAGAGGGUCCGCCCGCACCUCCAGAAGCAAUGGAGUAUGAGUGUGCAGACCAGCUGAUUGGCGCUAAUGGGGACUACCUACCUGAGCCUGCUGGGGACACGACAUCUCAGCUUAAUCCUUGUGAACGGAGACAGCCAGUUCCCCGUGGACUGAGGGCUAAAAGACCCAGAAGCGAGGGAGAGUUUGUGGCUAACACGCCCAAAGCAGCAAGUCCACAAGCUCAGAUCAAAGGUGAACAGAUUGAGGCUGAAACAUCUCCUGCUUGCAUGAACAACAGGUGUAUCCCUGCCAAGCAAGAGACUCCUAUUACAAAUCCAAAAACCUCCUUGAAAGAGCAAGCCUGUGGAAAUUGUCCUUCAUGUGUAAAAGAAACAUCCCUACCAGAAGUAGACAGACCACAAGGAGAGCAACAAGAGGGAAACGUUAAUAGUGACAGGAAGGAAGAGGAAUCAGUGGUGGAAGAGGAGCCAGAGGAGGAGGCGCUAAAUCUUAAAACCACUGGAACUACUGCUUUGGACAGUAAAUAUUACGAAUCCAACGACGUCGCCUACGAACCAUCUGGCGUGGCACUACCGGGGGAGUAUGAGGAAAACGGCCAGGCCAUGCUCUGGUCGGACCCCGAGGGCCUCGCCAGGCGAAUGCAGAUAGACCGGCUAGACAUCAAUGUACAGAUCGACGAGUCUUACUGCGUAGACGUGGGUGAGGGUCUAAAACGAUGGAAGUGCCGAAUGUGCGAGAAGUCUUACACGUCCAAAUAUAACCUCGUCACUCACAUCCUGGGCCAUAAUGGCAUAAAGCCCCACGAAUGUAUCCACUGCGGAAAACUCUUCAAGCAGCCCAGCCACCUCCAGACUCACCUACUGACCCACCAAGGGACUCGCCCUCACAAGUGCACCGUUUGUGAGAAGGCCUUCACUCAGACCAGCCACCUGAAGAGACACAUGCUGCAGCAUACUGACGUCAAGCCCUACAGUUGCCGCUUCUGCGGCAGAGGCUUCGCUUACCCCAGCGAGCUGCGGACCCACGAGAGCAAACACGAGAAUGGUCAGUGCCAUGUCUGUACACAGUGCGGCAUGGAGUUCCCCACUUACGCACAUCUGAAGCGCCAUUUGACCAGCCAUCAAGGCCCUACAACAUACCAGUGCACGGAGUGCCACAAGUCCUUUGCGUACCGCAGCCAGCUGCAGAAUCACUUGAUGAAGCACCAGAACGUUCGGCCCUAUGUUUGCCCAGAGUGUGGCAUGGAGUUUGUCCAGAUCCAUCACUUGAGACAACACGCCCUUACUCAUAAGGGAAUGAAAGAAUUCAAAUGUGAAGUCUGCUCCAGAGAGUUUACCUUGUCUGCCAACCUGAAGCGACACAUGCUAAUCCAUGCCAGCGUGAGACCCUUCCAGUGCCACGUGUGCUUCAAGACUUUUGUUCAGAAGCAGACCCUUAAGACGCACAUGAUUGUCCAUUUACCUGUGAAGCCGUUCAAAUGCAAGGUGUGCGGCAAGUCCUUCAACAGAAUGUACAACCUCCUCGGCCACAUGCACCUACACGCCGGCAGCAAGCCUUUCAAAUGCCCUUACUGUAACAGCAAGUUCAAUCUAAAGGGCAACCUCAGUCGACAUAUGAAGGUCAAACAUGGCAUCACGGAUGGCACGAUAGAAGGACACGAGCCCCCUCAAGACACAGAAGGACAGGGGGAGUAUGAGGAGAGCUUUGAAUUCAGCGAGCGAGAGAACCGGGCAAACAACAGCACACCAGACAUUUCUAAACUAUCUCAAAUGGAGUAUUACAGCACCUAUGGGAAGGGAGCAGGUCGCUGCAGUACUGCUUGA